AUGGCAGAAGUAAAUAAUAAUAUAGGUAGAUAUAUUUAUAUCAAUGAUGAAUUGGAAAAUCGUGCAUUCCAAUUCCCAAAUAAUAGAAUUGCAGUAUCGUCCUACUCAGUACCAUAUUUUUUGAAAAAGUUUUUCCUUCAUCAUACAUUCAGAUUGGGAUAUCUUUAUUUAUUUUUAAUUAUGAUUCUACAGUUCAUUCCUGGUCUUACUCCAAUUGGUCAAUUUACAACAUUAGGACCAUUGUUGGUUGUACUUGUCAUUACUUUUGUAUUUCAGAUGUUCACGACUUUUCAACAGCAGAGACAUUUGGAUCGUGAAGUCAAUGGAAAGACUGUCACUAUUUUGAAAGGUAGCAACUUUGUAGACUGCAAAGCCUACAAGUUGAAGCCUGGUGAUAUUAUUCGUGUGACAAAUAAUGAGGUGGUUCCAGCCGAUAUGAUUCUUUUGGCAACUUCAGACGAGGAGAAUAUUUCGAUGGUUGAAUACUACGAGUCCGAUGGUGAGACAAAGUUCUCUACCAAGAAUCCAUUGGAAUUCACCUCGAAUCUCAAGGAACCGCGUUCACUCGCCGAGUUGGAAGCGAAAAUAUCGUGCUCCGGAACCGGAGUCAAGCCAGCACAAUUCAAAGGACAAAUCCAUCAUGACCGUGUCGCCGAACCAGUUGGAUACACCAAUCUCGUACUUAAAAGCUCAAAGCUCUCCAAUACCAAAUGGGUGUAUGGUGUUGUUAUUUUCACUGGUAAAGAUACUCUAGUUCCACACGGAAUCAAGAGUAAGAAGACCAAGCUUGGUCGUGUCGAGAGAAUGACCAACCAUAAUUUUUUCAUGUUGCUGUCACUCGCGAUUAUUUUGGCAGCAAUCUCUACUGUGAUUUUCAAAAUUCAGGUGGAUAAUGGAGCUUGGUAUCUAUUUGACUUUUCCGCUGCAUAUAUCGGUAUUCUUUUCCUCACUUCGUUGAUUCUCUACAGCGGUGUCAUCUGUGUAACUCUCUACAUUACCAUUGAUUUUGUAAAGAUGUUCAAUUUGAUGUUUAUCAACAAUGACUUGGAUGGUUCACGUCUCUUCCCAAAGUCGGCGGCACUCGUCGAUGAACUUGGUCAAGUCGCCUAUAUUUUCUCGGACAAAACUGGAACACUCACACAAAAUCAAAUGAUUUUCAAAAAGUGUACAAUCGCUGGACAGAUCAGUACGAUGGAGGAGUGUGUUGAAGAGAUGUCGGCACUAGAGAGUGGAGAUUCCUCAGGUCAAAUGAUUUUCGGAAAUGGCGAAGUACAAGGAGGUGGUAGUGAACCAGCCAAGAAAUUAGACGAUAGAUAUACAGAGAAAUUGGAUUUCUUUAUGGCGUUGUUGACUUGUCAUACGGUGUCAACGGAGCAAGAUGAUUCCGGUGAUAGAUUCUACAAGGGAUCGUCCAUGGAUGAAUUGGCAAUCAUUAGAGCUGCCAAGGAAGCUGGAUUAACAUUGAAUCGUAGAUCCAGUAACUAUGUGAAUGUAACGUUGAUGGGAAACCCUCAUGAUUUCCAGAUUGUCGAGAUCAUCGGUUUCACUUCUUCGCGUCGUAGAAUGUCAGUGAUCGUUAGAAAUCCAGUCACCAAACAGUCGAUACUCUACAUGAAAGGAGCGGACGAAGAGAUUUUCAUGCGUUUGGCACCCAGACAAAAGCAUGCAGAUUCAACGAUUUCGCACUUGGAAGUGUUUGGAAAGGAAGGAUUUCGUACACUCUGCGUUGGACAACGUCAACUGAGCGAGGACAUGAUGUUCCGUUGGGUCAAUGAGUACCGUGCUGCUCGUUCCUCCAACGAUCUCGGUGCGAUGCAAUCGCUAGAGGUCGAAAUGGAACAAUCGUUAACAUUGCUCGGUGCCACCGCCAUCGAGGACAGAUUGCAACCAGGAGUCCCCGAAACUAUUCACACACUUCGUUCGGCAGGUAUCAAGAUUUGGGUGUUGACAGGUGAUAAGUUGUUGACUGCUAUGAAUGUUGGAUCGGCUUGUCAAUUGAUCGAUGAGGAAUCUAUGGAGAUUCUUGUACUCGCUGAGAAUACAGAGGUGGAGUGUGUAGCGACUCUAAACGAAUUCCUUGGAGUUGCCAAUCAGAGAAAACUAGAAGGAAAGAAGGAUAUUGCUCUUGUAUUUUCUGGAGCCAAUCUCGAAUACUUGGUUGCCAGUCAAUCGACAAAACUUCAAUUCCUAAAGUUGGCAGAGAGAUGUCGUGUCGCCAUUGGAUUCCGUCUGUCGCCACAACAGAAAUCGUUCGUUGUCGACCUCGUCAAGUCAAACACACAAAAGGUGACACUGGCAAUCGGAGAUGGUGCCAACGAUAUCGGUAUGAUUGAGAACGCACACAUCGGUGUUGGUAUUAUCGGUCAAGAAGGUAUCCAUGCUGCCAGAACCUCUGACUAUUCGAUCAGUGAAUUCCGUCUCCUGGAGCGUCUACUUUUGUUCCACGGAAGAAAUUCCUAUCAACGUGUAACCUCGCUCAUUAUGUAUAUCAUUAACAAAUCGGUGGUUUUGGCAAUGAUUCAAUUUUGGUUUGCCAUUUACCACCGGUAUUCGGCCACCACCGUCUUUGAUCCGACAACGAUCGCCAUGUAUUCGUUCCUCUUUACACUGUUCCCAGCGAUCGCCCUCGGUAUAUUCAAUCGCUCGACAGGCAGUGACCAAAUCUCGAAAUUCCCAGAGCUCUACCAAGACGGACAGAAGCUGGAACAAUACAACCUGCUGUCGUUCAUCAUCAAUUUGGGCUGGGCUUUCUAUCAGUCGGUGUGCAUCUUCUUCAUACCGGUUUUCAUGACACGUCUCGGUGAUAUCUAUUCGAAUGGAAUGACAAUCGACUACUACUAUCAAGGUGUAUUAAUAUUCACUUGCAUGGUGAUAACUGUCAACGUCAAAGUGAUGGUGGAAACACUUACCUAUACAUACUUGACGGCGUGUGCAUUGAUAUUCAGUGUCGCCUCUUACUUUGUCUGGACUCUGAUGGCCAGUGGUUUCGGACUACACAUCACUGAUUUCUACAAAUAUGAAUUGUUGGCUGCUCUCUAUCAAUCAGCUUCUUUCUACCUGAUCAUCGUUCUCGUUGUCGUAGUUGCAUUGACACCCGAAAUCGUCUAUAAAUAUGUCAACAGAAGUUAUUAUCCAAAGAAAGAGGAUAUCGCUCAAGAAUUAUCAAAGAAAACAAAAUAA